GGCGUCCGCGCGUCCCCGCGCCCCGUGCCGCGUCCCCGGAGAGGCGGGCGCGUCGUCCGCCAACUCCCCGUGCGCCAGAGCCUGCGCCGCCCGCGCUCCGCGGGCCGGGCUGGGCGCCAGACGCUGCCCCGGCUGCGGCGAGGACGCCACGGUACCAGCGGAGGAUCCUCGGGCUCGGCGGCUGCGGGUCCCCGCUGUGGAACUUUUUACCGCCUUUGCGUUCCAGAUUGGAGACUCGGGCUGGUUUCUAAAUACAUCUGUACAUAUGUGUGAGCUAAUAAAACAUUUUCUCCUCUCCUUGAAGCGGCAGCUUUUUAUGACAUCUCCUUUAUGUCAGAGACACUUGCCUUGCUUCUUUGGGUUAUAAACUUUUGAUGCCAGACCUCGGCAGGACGUGCCCAACUGAAUGUUAAAGUAGCAUCUCGAAGAGAGGCAGAGCCAGAGCAAUCUGUGACCUUCAUCCCUGCUCCUUCUUCCUUCCUCUCCCUUCCCGGCUGCCUCCCUCCUCCCCAGGGGAGCGUCAAGAAAGCUCUUUUUGGAUGCAGGAGGGGGCAUCUGGUUCUGCUAGGCUGGAAAGCUGAGGCAGGAUUUGAGGAAGAAUCAUUAGACUCGGGAGAGGCUGGACUCUGCUGCUCCUUUCCCUCUCCGCUUCUGGCUCGCUCCAGCCCUUUCCUCUACCCCCGCAAGGCUGCCCGAGACCCGCCGGCGUGCGGGGCGGGGGACGAGGACCUCGCCGGUGCCGGAGUUCUGGGAAGUUGUGGCUGUCGAGGAUGGGGGUCUGUGGGUACCUGUUCCUGCCCUGGAAGUGCCUCGUGGUCGUGUCUCUCAGGCUGCUGUUCCUUGUACCCACAGGAGUGCCCGUGCGCAGCGGAGAUGCCACCUUCCCCAAAGCUAUGGACAACGUGACGGUCCGGCAGGGGGAGAGCGCCACCCUCAGGUGUACCAUAGAUGACCGGGUCACCCGGGUGGCCUGGCUGAACCGCAGCACCAUCCUCUAUGCCGGGAAUGACAAGUGGUCCAUAGACCCUCGAGUGAUCAUCCUCGUGAACACGCCGACCCAGUACAGCAUCAUGAUCCAGAAUGUGGACGUGUACGACGAGGGCCCGUACACCUGCUCCGUGCAGACGGAUAACCACCCCAAGACCUCCCGGGUCCACCUCAUCGUGCAAGUUCCUCCUCAGAUCAUGAAUAUCUCCUCAGACAUCACUGUGAAUGAGGGGAGCAGCGUGACCCUGCUGUGUCUUGCUAUCGGUAGACCGGAGCCAACAGUGACGUGGAGACACCUGUCAGUCAAGGAAGGCCAGGGCUUUGUGAGUGAGGAUGAGUAUCUGGAAAUCUCUGACAUCAAACGUGACCAGUCCGGGGAGUAUGAAUGCAGCGCCUUGAACGAUGUGGCUGCCCCUGAUGUGCGGAAAGUAAAAAUCACUGUCAACUACCCUCCCUAUAUCUCCAAAGCCAAGAACACGGGUGUCUCCGUUGGCCAGAAGGGCAUCUUGAGCUGUGAAGCCUCCGCAGUGCCCACGGCCGAGUUCCAGUGGUUCAAGGAAGAUACAAGGCUGGCUCCCGGCCUGGAUGGCAUGAGGAUCGAGAACAAGGGCCACAUAUCCACGCUGACCUUCUUCAAUGUUUCAGAGAAAGAUUAUGGGAACUAUACUUGUGUGGCCACAAACAAGCUUGGCAACACCAACGCCAGCCUCACACUGUAUGGGCCUGGAGCGGUCAUUGACGGUGUAAACUCGGCCUCCAGAGCACUGGCUUGCCUCUGGCUAUCAGGGACCCUCUUUGCCCACUUCUUCAUCAAGUUUUGAUAAGAAACCCUAGGUCUUCUGAGCAACGCCUGCUUCUCCAUAUCACAGACUUUACCUACACUGCGGAGGGCAAACCAGUCUGGGCUUCUUUUUUGGCUUUUUGUUUCUGUUCUUCUUGAUUUUAUUUUUUUAUUUUUUGGUUUGUUUAUUUGAUUUUUCUUUGCCAGUUUGAAUGAGUGGGGCUGGGGGCGGGGAGGGGUGGGCAGGGUUCUGCCAUGUGUAGGAUAAUCAUUCAUUGGUGUGUCCAAAAAAUGGAAUCUGUUCCUGCUACCUUGGCCCUUCCCUUUCCUCUGCUCUCCCCAUCAUCAUCGCCACCAACCACCACCCCCGCCCCAUCCCAACCAUAAGUUCCAUUUGGGCAAAAAAAAAAUGUGCCUCAUGAUAAACACCCUGAAGACACAACUUGACUUACAAGGUAGUGCACAGCAAGAAUUAUAUCCAAGUGUCCUAUUAUCCGUGUCUUAUAAGUUUUGGAUCAUUUUCCUGAUUAUAAUGUACAUAUCCCUCCCUCCAGGUUUAUUACUUUAGGGUUCACGUCCUUUCUUUCUGGGAAAUCAUCUCUCUCUAUACAUAAAGCACAUUGCCAUCUUUUCUAGCUAUUCCACCCUAUUUGCUUAUCAGUGAUAGGGGUUCAAGAUUUGGGGAUAUGCACAAAACCCAAAACUAAGAAUUUAGA